AUGGACCUCGACGCGACCAGACACGACAAAGGUCGCAGGGACAAGGACACGGCAAGUGUUACAUGUUACAACUGCGGCAAGAAGGGGCACUACGCCAACAAAUGCCGCCAGGAACGCAAGUUCCAGCCCGUACCGGAAGGCAACCGGCAAGCCAACGCCCUUCACCGAACAGAGAAUAACCAUGCUACUCUGUCAUGGACCGCAUGUUACGACGACGCCUGUGUCACACACAAGGCAGACAAGAAUGGUGCAGGAUGGUUUCCCCAAGCGCCAAGGAAACAACGGACCCUUGCCAUGAUGGCACGAGAACCACUCGGACCUUACAUGGCCGACACCAGCAGCGAUGACGAAAGAAACUACCUCAUCGCACAAGCCGAGGAAGAGGCACGACGGGACGCCAUCAACAACAUGGACCCAGCCAAGAAACUCGAGUACAGACUCCGGAACGCGAACAUCGAAGACAUCCCUCAGCGACUCGAGCAAAGAAUCAACUUCCAACAAGAAAAGGCCAUAAUAAUAGCCGGAUCGCACCCGUUAUCCGCCAACGAGCUACGCAACCUGCUCAACAAACUCCACCACGACAUCAUGAGGAACCAAGGAAACGACCCUACCGAAUUCCGGUUCGGAGAUGACGAACGACUGCGACCAAACCACAGGCAGCACGAAGAACUAUCGUGGAUAUCUUGCAUCAACGGACUAUGCGACUUGCACCUCGCAGAGAAACUGGAACACGAGCUGUUCCCCAGCCGCAAUGGGCAGAGAGCCAUUACGGAACCCUACGAAGUAGACGAGAUCCGUGAGGUAGUGGUGACCUACCGUGACG